AAUGGUGUUCACAUCAGAAAAUGGAGGUGGAAAACCUAUAAAAGUUAAUUCUCAACCUCAUUGUGUUUGGUAUGACCAAUGCUACAAAACACCUGAAGGGUCGAUGGAAAAUUGCGUUUCGACAGAACCGGCUCGUAAAUUAAAGGAUCAACAAGCUUUAAAAAUCCUAGCUGAACUCUGUCCUUCAAUCUACAAAAACGAUGGCAAUGACACAAGGACCUGUUGCACCCCUCGACAAUUGGCAACGCUAAGAGACAGUGUUCAAGUUCCAAGACAAAUUCUAUCACGUUGUCCACCGUGCCUUCGAAAUUUUCUAGAUCUCUUUUGUACUUAUACGUGUGGUCCUGACCAAUCUGUGUUUAUGGAUGGAGUAGUUCGUCGGUCAAAUCCAAAGGGAGAUUCUUGGACAAGCGUAAACAUAACCGUUUCGGAAAAUUUCACAAUUGAAAUGUUUGAUUCGUGUAGAGAUGUUAUAAAUCCAUCUUCGAAUAGUAAGGCAAUGGAUAUAUUAUGCGGUACUACAGCAGCAGAUUGUACACCGCUUAAGCUAUUGAAUAAUUUUGGAGACAAAAAAAAUAACCCUAUGGUUCCAUUUCAAAUAUACUAUAUUGUGUCUGAUGAACCAGUUAUUUUAAAUGGCUCAGCAAAAACGCCAAUCAGACCAAAUACAACCAGAUGUGACGGAAUUUGUAGUUGUCAAGAUUGCAGAAAUUCUUGUGGGAGUCCUGUAAAACCGCCAAAACCGAGUAAAGGAUGCUCCAUUAUUGGUAUCAAUUGUCCAACAUUUUCCAUGGCAUCAAUCUUCUUAGCGUUUACCGUUAUAUUCAGUUCAUACCUUCUCUUUAACUUUUACUCAUCAUUUCGAAAUGGUAAAAGAGAAGCUAAAACUCCUCAAAUUGAUAUUGUUACAAAGGCGGAUGUUAAAUGCCGUGAAAAGAUUGGAGCUUGGAUGCAAAGGAUGUUAAAAAAUUUCUUUACAAAUUUAGGAAGAUUAUGUACAAAAAGACCUAUUGUCACUAUUGUAAUUGGUAUUGUCAUAUGUUGUAUAUUAUCAUCGGGAAUAGCAUUAUUCAAAGUAACUACUGAUCCAGUUCAACUAUGGUCCGCCUCAAAUUCAAGAGCAAGAGUUGAAAAAAGAUAUUUUGAUGACAAUUUCUCGCCUUUCUACCGAAUAACGCAAGUAAUUCUUCAUCCGAAAAAUCAAAGUCAAUGGCUCAGACAGAAAUCUUUACCUCAUAAUCUUGAUUAUGAACUUUGGGGAGCUGCACUUCGGAAACAAUUCAUUAUUGAUGCACUUCGAUUGCAAGAGGAUCUCGUUAAUAUUGUAGGGCAAAUGGACGAUGGUAAAAAUGUAACUAUUCAAGAUGUUUGCUUUCAACCUUUGGCGCCGGAUAAUAAAAAUUGCGCCAUAGAGAGUAUAUUACAAUAUUUUCAAAACAAUAUAACUGUGGUUAAUGAAAAAGAUGAGGAUGAAUUUCAGCAAGUUAAGUCUGAUUAUGCUGAUCAUUUGAGUUAUUGUUUCAAAAAUCCAACGGCUCCUGUUGAUUUGUCCAAAUUCAAAACUCCAUGCUUAUCUGCCUAUGGUGGGCCAACUUUUCCAUGGACAGCAUUGGGAGGCUAUACAAAUGUUAAUUAUGAAAAUUCGUCGGCACUUUUAAUUACGAUACUAUUGAAUAAUUAUAAGGAUAAAAAUUUUCAAGAUAAGGCCUUAGCUUGGGAAAAGAAUGUAGUUAAAUAUUUGAAGAAUUACACAAAUGAUAAUAUUACAAUUUCAUUUAAAGCAGAGCGAUCAAUCGAAGAUGAACUAAAUAGAGAAAGUCAUUCGGAUAUUAAAACAAUUGCUAUAUCAUAUUCUGUAAUGUUUAUCUAUGUUUCUGUAAUGCUUGGACAUUAUAGGAAAUUUAGUACAAUUUUAAUUGAUUCAAAAGUUACAUUGGGAUUAUCUGGUGUACUUAUCGUUGUAGUUUCUGUGACAUCUUCAUUGGGUUUCUUUAGUUUUAUUGGUAUUCCAGCGACUUUAAUUAUUAUUGAGGUUGUUCCAUUUUUAGUUUUGGCAGUUGGUGUAGACAAUAUCUUUAUUCUUGUUCAAUGCUAUCAGCGAUUAAAAGAACCAGAAUUCUCAUCUACUUGCAUAAAAGAACGAGUUAGCAUUGCUUUGGGUCUUGUUGGACCUAGUAUGCUUUUGACCAGUGUGAGUGAAUCGUUGGCUUUUUUUAUAGCUGCUGUAACAAGUAUGCCCGCUGUCAAAGUAUUUUCAUUAUACGCUGGGAUGGCUGUACUUAUUGAUUUCCUUCUUCAAAUUACUUGUUUUGUAGCGCUAAUGGUUUUGGAUGCCCAAAGGCAACAAAGUAAUCGACCAGAUUGUUGUUGUUGCAUUAACCUUAACAAGGAAUCGCCUAUUGAAACACCUUCAACAUCGGAAAAUGAGGAGAGAGGAGUUCUUUAUACAUUUUUCAAGAAGUUUUAUGCCCCGUUUAUCUUGAAUCGUUUUGUUCGACCAAUUGUUAUGUUUACGUUUAUCGCUUGGUCGUGUUUCUGCAUUGGUAUAGUUACUAAAGUAAAGAUAGGAUUAGAUCAAAAAUUAUCUAUGCCGAAGGAUUCCUACGUUAUUUCUUAUUUUAAUGAUAUGAAUCGCUAUCUCAAUGUAGGACCACCAGUUUAUUUUGUUGUUGAAAAAGGUCAUAAUUAUACAUCAACUACGGGUCAAAAUCAACUCUGCGGAAGUUCCGGCUGCCCUCACAGUUCUCUAUUAGGAAAAGUCUAUAGAGAAUCUAAAAUUGCCAAUUAUUCUUAUAUUGCUCAACCUGCAAAUUCUUGGUUAGACGACUACUUCAUAUGGGUUCAACCUGAUAGUACUUGUUGCAGGAAAUUCAAGAGUAAUAAUUCUUUUGUGCCUUCGUCUCUUACGUGUGAUUCAAAGACUUGCGUUAGUUGCAUAGAAAGUAAAGCGAAUUUAAUUAACGGACGUCCAAAUCCAGAGGAUUUUAUAAAAUAUUUACCCUGGUUUUUAAUUGAUAAUCCAAAUAUGAAAUGCGCUAAAGGAGGUCAUGCAGCCUACGGCACUGCAGUAAAAUUAUUAAGAAAUAAAACAUCUGUUGGAGUUGGUCUUAUGGCUUUGUGGGAUAUUUCAUUGAACGCUGUCUCAUUAGUAAAUCUAAUUAUGGGUGUUGGAAUAUCUGUUGAGUUCUGUUCCCAUAUUGGUAGAUCUUUUGCAAUGAGUAUUGCUCCAAGUAGAGUGCAGAGAGCCAGCGAAGCUUUAACCGACAUUGGUAGUUCGGUAUUCAGUGGAAUAACACUGACCAAAUUGGGCGGUAUACUUGUUCUCGCUUUUUCGAAAUCUCAACUAUUUCAGGUGUUCUACUUUCGAAUGUACCUCGGAAUAGUGGUCUUUGGUGCAGCUCAUGGCCUUGUCUUCCUUCCAGUUCUGCUAAGCUAUGUAGGACCUUCUAUAAACAACGCAAAACGAUUAGAACAUCAGGUGUCUCGAUUAUCUACGAGGGAAGAACAAGAUACUGACGAUAAUGAUAAAGGACCAUUGAUAAAAUUUUAUGAAUGA